ACUUCAUUCCUCUCUCUCUCUCCUUUUCUUCUUCUUCCUUCUACACUGGUUCCAUGGCAGAGAGGAUCUAUCCUUCCGCCAAGCCUACGGCUAACGGCACCGCCACUACCAACGGUGGUGCCGCUAAUCCUUCAUUUCCUGCUACCAAAGCUCAACUCUACGGCGCCACCAGACCUACCUACCGUCCCCAACCUCACCACCGCCGUAGCCAUCGCAGAUGCUGCUGCAGAUUCUUAUACUGGUUUCUCCUCAUCAUCCUCAUCCUCCUCCUCAUCAUCGGCGUCGCCGGAGUUAUUUUCUACCUAAUCUACCGCCCACACAGGCCUACCUUCACUGUCACUUCCCUGAAACUCGCCUACCUUAACCUCACUUCCUCGUCUUCAACGGUAGACUCUAAAUUCGACAUCAGCGUUACCGCGCGAAACCCUAACAAGAACAUCGUCUUCAACUACGAGCCCACCUCGAUUUCGAUUCUCUCUGACGGCGUCGAUAUCGGCGACGGCACGAUCCCCGCUUUCGAACACGGGAAGAAGAACACCACGAUGUUGAAGGCUACGGUUUCGAGCAGCAAGCAGACGGUGGACGGCGAGAGUGCUGGGAAAUUGAAGUCGAGCAUGAAGAGCAAGGGUGGAUUGCCAUUAGAGGUAAAUUUGAAGACGAAGGUGACGGCGAAGAUGGGGAGUUUGAAGACGCCCAAAGUCGGGAUCAGAGUAUCCUGUGACGGGAUCAAGGUCACUCCUCCGUCCGGCAAGAAGCCGGUGACGGCGUCAACUUCAAACGCCAAGUGCAAGGUCGAUGUUAGAUUCAAGAUCUGGAAAUGGACUGUUGGAUGAAGAUGAAGAAGAACAGCACACAGAAGUUGCUCAGAGGUGUGUCAUGCUAUGAUUAUCAUUACUUUUAUUUUCUUUUUCUUAUUUUUUUUCCCCAAUUGAAGUCAUGGUUUUUAAUUUUAUUUUAUUUGCUGGAAAAGUUUGGUGAUACUUAAAUCUUAAUGUUUGUAAAUUCAACCGAGAUUGCUGAAGUGUAGGAGGACACAGUUGUAAU